CCGCUGCCUCGCACACAGUCUACCGACGGACACUGCGCUUGUCGCACCCUCCCCGAGCCUACACUCCAACGAGGCCUCGCUUAAAAACCACGUGCUGGCCCCUAACUAACUGAUAGCAGACCCCCGGUAUCUCACACCUGGUCCCGGUACCUCACACCUGCUGCUCUCUCACACCCUGUGGUGCUUACACCAGUGACUUGUGUAUAAGAUUUUUUUUAAGUGGGUGAUCUAGUGGCGGCGACGCCGUAGAAGACUGUCUACUGUAGGAUAUCCCAGCGAGGCCCUCGGCCACUCCUCCAGCAGAUCACCAGUCACAGAUAUGGGAGAUCGCCUGGCACCAACAUGGCGUCACUACCACCAUCACCAGCACACCGCUGUCAACACAACCAGCAUGCUUUCCCCUUGUGCCAGCGACCCAUCCAUCACCGCUGCCGACAUUUCCAACAGCAGUAGCAGCAGCACACCUGACAUUCUUCCUCCAUCUUCGCUGCCAUCUCUACCAGCAGACGCCCUCAGCAGGCUGGCUUACCACGGUACUUUCGGUGCCCAGGGGGGGCUAGGGGGCGGCAUGGCUUAUCUCAAGAGCCCCCCAUACCCCAUGAAUGGGCUGGGCCUCAGUAUGGGCCACCACUCACCCAUGGACCAUGGGGUCCACCCAUCAGUACCUUAUCCCUCAAGUAACUCAUGGACCUCCUUCUCCACAGUGACACAGACGCCGGCGAGGAAACAACGUCGGGAGAGGACCACCUUCACCAGGGCACAGCUUGACGUGCUUGAGUCCCUCUUUGCCAAGACCAGAUACCCAGAUAUCUUCAUGAGGGAAGAGGUCGCUAUCAAGAUCAACCUGCCGGAGAGCAGAGUGCAGGUUUGGUUCAAGAACCGGCGAGCUAAGUGUCGUCAGCAGGCACAGCAGCAGAACAGCAGCAGCGGGGGGGCCUCCAGUGGCAACAGCAACAACCUGAGCAGCAGCAACAGCAGCAGUGGCGGCGGGGCGGGCGCCCCUGCCAUCACCGCCACUCCAGCCGCCGCUAGCACCACCGACAGCACCAAGGCCGCUGCCCCUCGCCCCAAGAAGAUCAAGAGCCCCAGCACGCCCUCGCCGCCCCCGCCCGUCAUCAAAUCUUCUCCCCGCCCCGCCUCGCCGGCCUAUAAGCCGCCCUCGGUGUCCCCGGCAUCAGCACACACGCCCCCAAACACCACGCCCACGCCCACGCCCGCGCACACAUACGGCUCCUUUCAGACAGCACCGCCCACCACAGACCACACUAAUAGUUACUCGUCCCUGUGGGCUCCGACCAGUCUCAGACCCAUGGGAGACCUACAUGUCUCCACCGCUAACUGUAUGCAGACUCCCUCAUACCACAUGACCAGUAGCAAGAGUCCCGGCUCCUCAUGGAAUCAGAACUACGGACCCGCCUCAUACUACGGCAACAUGAGCAUGGAAUACCUCCCUCACCACAUGGGCGCCCACGGCCAGUUCACCCCCGUCACCAACCACAUGGGGGGCUUUCAGCAGAUGGGCGGCCACAUGAUGAGUUCCCACAGCAUGAUGGGUAGUCAGCACUACUCCCGUGCGGCUACGGUCACGCCCGUACAGGGAGUCACCACUCCUGGCUCACAAGACUGCAUGGACUUCGGCGAGAAGUUCCAGGUACUCUGAACGACUCUCCCACCGGCGCACUCAUCCGCUUUCAAGAUCUUCGGGUUGAGCACUCUCGUGUAGCUGGCGUUUGACAGUAGUUGAUGUGCGACAGUAGCUGGGGAAAGUGUGGUCUUCCCAGCGUGCGACAGUGGCCAGGAUGUCUCCUGACGUGCGACAAUAGCUGAACUUUCUCCCGUUAUCAGCAAGCUUGAGGUCAGUGUCGCUGGGUGAGUGUGAAGCGCCACACAGCCACUCUCUCCUCGCUCACUCGCUGUGAGCUCUGAGAAUAGAGAGCCUCUGAGAUAUCGUUCCAAAGCCAUUCCCACCUUCAGCCUCGGACAUUUCUACUCGGCGGAGGUGAAAAAUGAGCCCUUGCUCUAGGCGAUGAGGGCAGGAGGGCAGUCGUGGAGGGAAGAGGAGGGCCGCUGGAGGGUCAGAUGAAGAGAGGGAGGGGAGGGAGGGCAUCCAGCGGCCACCUGCACGCCCGGGGAUUAACGGAGCAAAUGUGCACAGUCUGAUGCCGCCCAUGUCAGCCCUCUUGUCACAGUGUUUCGCUCGUUACCACUCAGCCAUCACCUCUCUCUCCGCCUCUCCGCACGAUGGCGUCCGAUACCCUGUGGAAGUGGCGAGCUGGCCGGGCAAGAGGGCUUUGAUCUCUCUAUGUUGUGUGAUUCGUCUUUCACGAAGCCUUUACUAACUGUAGCCAACGCGUCUAGAGUUAUCACAGGGUAAUUAAUUAAUAUUUAAUUGAUUCCUCUUGUACAUACUACGGAGCUGUUCUAGCUGGCCGAAUCCUCAGGCAAGAUUCAACAAGCUGGCAGCCUAUGGGGUUUGAUCUCUUUUUUUUCAUAUAUUUAUUCAUAAUUAGAUAUUUUGAAACAGCGAAUGUGGCCUUUCGUGCAUUCGGGUAAGCACCGCCAAUUUCAAGAGUUUCAGGCAGGCUGCUGGCUGUGUCAUUCAAAAGAGAACUGGAAGCGUGUAAUCGGUGUUGAUGUACUUAACCAAUGCCUCUUCCUCGUGUACAUAACUAUUACUUGGUGUACUCAGGGGUUUGUGCAGCCCAUGUCUUGUUGGCGACCACCGUCAGGUGUAUGUUAGUGCAAUACAGCGUGUGUGUGUGUGUUAGUGGGGUCUCGAGGACAUCGCCCCCUCUACACACACGACCCACACGAUAUAUAGUGUUGGCUGAGGUGGCUCCUCCACACGACGAAGGAUUAAAUUACUUUUGAAAACUGGAGGACACAACAUCGUCUCUGGAACAGAUUACAGACAAAUACAUUGGAGAUUAAAACUGGAUGAAGUAUCAGUUCGUGAACAGUUAGUCACAAUUCCGUAAGUAAAGCAGCUUCCCUAUAAACUGAAGAUAAAAUUAAGACAACAUUUCGGUCGGUUCUGGAUCAUUAUCAAGUCGCGACUUACUAAUGGUGCAGGAGACGGAGCGGACUGUCUCUUAAAUUGCUUCACCAAUUUAUGGUUUAGUUGUGUGUGUGUCCAUCAGGUCACAAACAUCAUCCAGUUUCCAUUUCCAGUGGGUCUGAUUUAUAUUUUUGGGGGUCAAUUUAGCAGUUUUGAAUUACAGUCUCUGUGGCCUGAUAAUUGUUGUGUGAUCACUGGGGUCAUCCUCGUCAAGCCAACCCUUGAAAAUCAGGAGCAGCUUGGGAGAGCCGACCCCUUCUCUGCCGACAUUAGAGCCCCGUCAAACAUUACAGUGUACAUAGUUACCUACCUUCAGGAAAUGUUAUAUGUAGAUACGUGUCAGCGGGAAGUGUUAACUCACGGCUCUUCUGACACAUUUAUUGUGUGUUUUAACUCAAACAAUCUGUACUUAAAUGCUUGAGAUUACAAUCCUUUCAGCAGCUAACUGUGGCGAAGGUGACUCUGCCGUAAUGGUAACAUGUUAAGAUAAUAUUGUUUUGUAAUAUACUAUCCAAAGGGAA